AUGGCGCGGAGUUGGAUGGUUGGCGGAACUGCAGUGGCGGCGCUGGCGUCUGUUUUGGCGGCGUGCGCCACCGCGCUGCACGCGAGUGGCGGAAACAUGGGGCUGCACCCCAUGCCGCGCAUCUUCCCCUUCCUCUGCCAGUGCGAGGACGAGCACGGCGUGCUGGACGAGGGUAUUGCGCGCUGCCAGCUCGCCAGCGACUUCCUCAUAGCCUUGGCCUACUUCUCCAUCCCAUUGGAGCUUCUCUAUUUCUUCCUGCGAGCCAAGGUCUUUCCCCACCGCUGGGUGCUGCUGCAGUUCGGCCUCUUCAUCGUGCUCUGCGGUCUGACCCAUCUGGUCAACAUGUGGACGUACGGCCCCCAUCCCAGCGCGGUCGCAGUGCUACAGACGGUGCUUAAAGUGCUCUGCGCGGCUGUCUCCUGUGCCACAGCCUUCCUCCUUGUCACCAUCAUCCCUGCACUUCUCAACGUCAAGGUCCGAGAGCUCUUCUUGCAGAAUAAAGCGGCACAGCUAGACAGAGAGAUGGACGUGAUGCGGCGCAAGGAGGAGGUGGGGCGGCACGUGCGCAUGCUGACAUACGAGAUCCGCCAGUCACUGGACCGACACACCAUUCUCAACACCACCCUCGUGGAGCUCGCCCAGGCGCUCAUGCUUGAGAACUGCACCAUCUGGAUGCCACACCCCUCCGGUUCCUGUUUGGAGUUGACACACGAGUUGGAGCGGCGGCUAGUGCAGGCACCAGUGCUCGUCCCUCUCUCCGACCCCACGGUCCAGUCCCUCAUCCACACGCCCCGCGCCCUCCGCAUCUCCCCCUCCUCCUUCAUCGGCCGUGCCUCUGCCUCCCAUACCGCCCACAGCACCUCCCUUGCUGCUGUGCGCCUGCCCAUUCUGCCCCUCGAAGCCAUGGCUGAUGCCGCUGCUGCUGCCGAUGCUGCCGCUGCAGCAGCAGCGGCGGCGGUGGCGGCGGCUGUGGCUGCGGGUGGGGUGGAGGCAGGUGGUGAGGAUGUGAAUGGGAGUGGGGGAGAAAGCACUCCCUUGCUUCGGAGUGGUGAUGGUGCUGCAGCGGCAGGAGGAGGGGAGGGUGGGAGUGGUGGCGGGAGCGAGGAGAGGGUAGGGGGAGUGGUGCCGGUGUAUGGGCUCAUGGUGCUUGUGCUGCAUGGGGAUGCCAGAAGCCAGUGGAGGGGCAGGGAAGGAGAGGAGAGGGUGGGGGGAGUGGUGCCGGUGUAUGGGCUCAUGGUGCUUGUGCUGCAUGGGGAUGCCAGAAGGCAGUGGAAGGCACACGAGGUGGAGAUGGUGGAGGUGGUGGCGGAUCAGGUGGCAGUGGCGCUCUCACAUGCAGCGGUGCUGGAGGAGACGCAGCGGCGAAGGGACGAGUUGGAGGAGAAGAACCGAACGCUGCAGGCAGCAAGGCAGCGGGCAGAGGUGGCAGUGAUGGCAAGGAACGAUUUUCUGGCAGUGAUGAACCAUGAGAUGCGCACUCCCCUGCACUCCAUCACUGCUCUCGCUUCCAUUCUCAAUGAGGAGGACCUGACCCCGGAGCAAGCACCCAUGGUGGCCACUGUGCUGCGCAGUGCGUCGCUGCUCACAUCGCUCAUCACUGAUGUGCUCGACUUCAGCCGACAGGAGGAGAGUCUGCACCUAGAGAAGCGCCCCUUUGACCUGCGCAAGCUGUGCAGAGAAGCCGGCAAGCUGGCGUGGCCGCUGGUGCGGUCCAAGGGGCUGCGCUUCUCCCUGGAGGUGGCGGGGGUGGUGCCGCGGUAUGUGGUGGGCGAUGAGAAGCGCCUGCUGCGCCUCAUGCUGCACCUCAUCGGACGGGCUGUGAAGAAGACCGAUGAGGGCUUUGUGUCGGUGCGGGUAUCAGUGGACGAUGGGCAGACCCCCCGGCCCCACUCCUCCCAGUCCUCCUUCACAGCCGGUGAUGGCCCUGCUGCUGCUGCUUUCCUCCCUGCUGCUGCUGCUACAGCUGCCGCCGCAGGGGAGAAUUCGCUCGGCCUGCAGCCACACACACCGUGGGAGGCGCUGCUGCUGGCUCUUAACCAUCACAAACCUCCCGUUCCUCCUUCCCCUCUGCAGCUGCUGCUGGGCCAAGAUUUGGUGAACAUUCGUGUAGAUAUCAAGGACUCGGGGUGUGGACUCACAGCCAUGGAGUUUAGGCAGCACGAGGCAUUGCUGCUGCAGCAGCAGCGAGCGAGUGAUGCGGAUGGGGAGAGUGGAGCAGGAGGAGGAGGAAGAGGAGGAGAGGGGCAGAGAAGCGGAGUAGAGGGAACAGGGGAGGAGAGGAAGGGAGGGACGUUGCUAGGGUUCGAGAUCUGCCGGAAGUUCGUGCAGCUGAUGGGGGGUUACAUGUGGAUUGAGAGCGGUGGGCAGGGGUUGGGGGCGACGGUGACGUUUGUUGUGCGGUUGGUGCUGGAUCGAACCAAGAGGCAGAAUUUGGGGUUCAGGGAGAGGGGGGGGCGGGUUUCUAGCAGCAGAGCGAGGAGGAGAGGUAGAAGGGCCGGUCUUGAUGGGGUUGGUGGGGGAGAGGAGAGGAGCAAUGGGUUGCUGUGGAAUAGCGGGUUUGAUGGUGCUGGUGAUGGUGUGGAUGGGGAGGAGGACAGGGGAAGGGGGACGAGGAAGGGUGGCGAAGAAUAUUCGUAUAUGGAUGGGGAUGAUGAUGAGGAGGAGGAGGAGGAGGAGGAGGAGGAUGAUGAGGAUGAUGAUGAGGAUUCGGCGUUUAGUGACAGCACGGUGUCGUCGAUGGAUUCUUAUGUACAGGAGCUGGAAGGAGUGCACGUGCUGCUAGUCGAGGACAACGUGGCGAAUCGCAUCGCGACACAUCAGAUGCUGCUGACGCUGCGGUGCCACGUCAGCAGCGUGGGCAGUGCGCAGGAGUGUCAGAUGGAGCUGACCACGCGCAAGAGCCCCGCAGUCCCGCCUGUGGAUGUGGUGCUGCUGGAUGUCUGCAUGCCCGACAUUGAUGGAUUUGAGGUGGCCCGCCGCAUCCACUCCCUCUUCCGGUGCGUUCUCUUCCACUGCCUCUUUCGGCCUGACGAGCGGCCUUUGAUAGUUGGUCUCACUGCACGCACGGACAGUGGCAUGGCGGAGGCAUGUGUAGCAGCAGGCAUGGAUGCUGUGUUGCUCAAGCCAGUCACAGUUAGACAGCUGGCUGCUACUCUGUGCCACGUGCUCAAUGGCGUGUAA